UUUCGAAAUCAUUAUGGUGCCGCAGAGUGAAAAGGGGGAAGUUAACCGGUUACUUGUGAAGCAGGAAACCAUUUUGGGUAGUUGAAACGUUCAGUUGAACACGUAGAGCGGCAGUAGACGUCAAACCCUGUCCCAUGCAGGUUCAAGUCAGCUGUGAGAGGGCAGUGCAUGAAAACGAAAGCGAUGGUUGCUGCGAGGAGAGAGGGAUUCUCAUUGUAUUCUUUUUGGAAAUGAGCAGACAGUGAGGUAUGCACUUCACACGCGCUGAAAUUUAAAGUGCCCGAACUUGGACUUUUCUGGCGCUUUACAACAGCUUGGUUUAUUGGUCCAGAGGUGGAGGGUGUCAGCUUCUGACGCAGCCGGACCACCUAUCCGCGAGGGGGACACUGACACCUGACGGCUCCAUCUCUUGGCUCGCCGGUCUUUUCCCAUCACGACCGCUCCGGUUCUGCAGUGCAGACACUGCUGCAUUCUAUGGAAGCGGAGUCUGUGCAUCCUGUCGUGGUCAUGCUUCCCCCAAAGAACUGCCUUCCGAGGAACUACAGCUGCAUAGCUGGACUGUUCGGAAGCCUGGCAGCGGCAAACCCGCGGCUUGAAGAUGGGGAAGAUUUUGACAUGAUGAACGGAACCACUUGUGAGCCCAUCGAGAGCCCCGUGGUGGACGAGAGACCGCGGGGCAGAGAAGUCUCCUUGAGGCCUCCACAGAGUCCAAACCUGCGCCGGAGAUGCAAGUCGCUGCCUACACCCACAGAGAGAGCGAAGUUAGAGAUCUCCCGCAGCAGAAGUCCAACCAGUCAAAAGAAAGUCCGGUUUGCCGACUCCCUCGGCCUUGAGCUCAUUUCAGUGAAGCAUUUCGAUGAUACAGAUGUGCCUGAGGUGCCGGAGCGCAUUCUGGCUAAAUUACCCAAAGGACCCCUCCACCUUAAUCAUUUGGACACAAAAUUCCCCCGGCCUCCUGCGCAGUCUUUGUUCAUGGAGUUGCAGUUCACUAACCCGGGCACACUCCCCGGCUUUGAGCAGAAAGUGAGGGAGGUGAAAGUCUUGUUGGAGACCGUUGAGGCAGACGAGUUCAGCCUCUCCGGGUUUGUGCGCGUGUUGAAUUUGGCUUUCGAAAAGAGCGUCUCUUUGCGGUAUUCUCUAAACAACUGGAUAACAUUUAUGGACAGUUUGGCGUCCUAUGUUCCCGACUCGAGCGACGGUGUCACCGAUAAGUUCUGUUUCAAGAUCGUCAUGCCCACCUACCUCGACAACGGAGGCACACUGCAGUUUGCAAUUAAAUACUGUGUCGGCGGCCAAGAAUUCUGGGACAAUAAUAAUGGGAACAACUACAAAGUGCGCCGUCACAGGUUCAAGAUGUCUCCACCGCGGGAAUGGGAGAAUGGAUGGAUUCACUUUAUCUGAGCUCUGUCGUCUGCCGUGGCACACUGCGUGCGUACUCAGCGCGUAAUUGAUCCCCGGGUACCUUAAUUAUGACUGUAGCCUGUUAAAAAAAUAUUUUUUUCCUGCCAUUGUCAGCUACAUAUAUUUUGUGACACAGAAAAUAAUAUUUGCCCCUCUGAGUGUUCAGGACUACUGUAUAAGCCUUUCGGUAGGUGCCCGGUGUGGGAUGCUGUGGGAUAAUUUGCCUUGAUGUCAGGGCUCUGUACAGCUGGGUGCCCUUUGGGAGGGCAUGCUCACGUUAUGUAAUGUAGAAACACGUGCCACGGAAAACGUGCCGAGCAAUGCCGACUUCGGGCAUCACUGUUCAUUUCAGGAGAUGGCUGUAAAUUUAUAAUGAUGGCAUGGCGUGGCUAAAAUUCUCAUUUUAUUUUGCAUGUGUGCAAAAAAAAAAAAAAAAAAAAAAAAAAAAAAAAAAAAAAUGCAGAGAGCAUUACAUUUUAGCUGAUGUGGACGCCAAGCGAACCUGACAGCGUACUCCUCUGGUGGUCUGCUGCAGGCUGGGGGAAAGGUUGCUACAUAAUGUUUUACUGAGUUGAUAGAGAAACAUAUUUUAUUCAAACAAAUUUAAUGUAUAAUUUCCCACUGUCAUGCCAUUGAAAAUGCCUUAUUUUAAGCCAUGCUGUGGGAAGUUGUGCAUUGAAUGUUGUACAGUAAUUUCUUCUUUAGGCUUGAAAAGACUAAAAGCAUUAGAUAGUCUUUGUCAUUAAACUUACAUUUUAAAUAAGGCCUAUAGGCACAGGGAGAUAGCUAGUGUCCAUAUACCUGUAGGCUUCCAAUCCAGGGAUGCCAUCCUUAGCCACAAACCUGCCUUUUAUCCAUAUAUUUGCACCUAUCCAUAUUUUUUGGUACAUUAAUGUAAAAAUGAUUAAAUAUUUUUCCAAAUUAAAAAUCAACAAGGCCUAACCCAAGUCCAAAGACAAUGAACUCCAAAAUGUUUUCUCUUGGAAAAACAAUUCCCCAAAUUCUAACUGCAUCAUGCAUAUUUCAUCAGAUCAUACAGGCUAUGAUUUUUAUACAAACUGGGCUUCAACAUUCCCGUCCUGUACUGUGACAGGAAGGUUUUUUUUUUUUGUUUUUUUUUCCUGAAUGAACCCCUUGAACGUGGUUGUUGUUCUACCGAGGUAUAUAAAUUUAGUAGCUGUUUGCAAGGUUAAAUUUACCUCAGAUCACUUGUGAACAUUUUCUCUUCUUCUUCAGGUUGAGCGUUAUAAAACAGAUGUUAUUUUCACAGUAAUGAUUUUCUACCAGAUAGGUUCAAACAGAAGAGUAUUAUUGUACAUUUGCAGAUUUGAAACAUAAUUCUUAUUCAUUUCUAAUUAUCCUGAUUGCACUGUGUAACUCACUUUUUCAUAGAGCAGUGUUGUCUGUAGACAAAGUAGCAAUUAUACGAAUGACUGUGUUUAACCAGCUUCUGCUGCUGUAAAGGUACAUAAUAGACAUCACUGUGUUCCUCUCACUCCUCUCACACAUGGGCAAAAUGGUUUGAACCACCUUACUGGCUGACAUUUCCAUCCUAAGGUUGCAAGUUGUUGUCUUACUGCAUUCCCAUACCACAUGUCUUUAUUGAUGUGACACAGUAGUCUUCCAGUCCUGCUCCUGAACAUGUAAGCAGUCUUCGUGGCAAACAGGCUUGCUUGUUGUAGGCAAAUUAGUUUUUACUUAAGUGCAGAUAUUCAUACUGCUUUUUUUUUUAGUUGUAUCAUAAUACCAAUGUUUGUGAGUGUGGAUUGGGACUCCAGUUCAGUAAAUAGAGGAACUACUGGCAGGGUGCUUUUAAUUCCUAUGCUCUGACUGUAAUCUGAACAUCACUUUGGCCUUUGUUUACAUCAUCAUGUCCUCCGAGGGAGGCGCUCCAAUUAACGAGGCCAUCAGGUUGGGAUGUGGAUAAAAGACUAUUCCUGUAACCACUUAGUUUUUGGAGCAAUUCCACAGUAAUGUUUGUCUCAAAUCCUGACAUGGUUUGUGUUAUUGCAGUGCUAUACAUAAUGUAUAGUUAAGCAUAGUUUUGCUGAAGUGAGAGAUGGCCUGCAGUGUUUUGAUAUUUGCUACCACUCAGAUUAGCUGUAUCAUGUACAGAGCUAUCUCAUCUGUUUAUUUGAAUACGCUGUGGAUAUAAAAGAGCUGGCCAUAGCAGAGCUUUCUGUGUGUGGUGUUGUUAAACCAGUGGGUAUUUACAUAUUGUAUGCUUUGGUCUAUGUAAACUUUGUUCAAGAAUCCAUGCAGUGCAAUACCAGAAGCCAUUCAUUGUCCAGGGCAGAGACCACUGAUACGGCUACAGAGAGAUGCAUCAAUACCAAUUCAUCAGAGGGUGUGAUUUUUAGAUUCUAACAUUUGGCUGACAUCUGAUUAUAGUGUUGGGAUUGACCGACAUAAAUGACUGUCUGAAUAGGUUAUUUUCCAUAACAUGUAACUCUUUGGUUUAAUUUUCCAAAGAGUGUGAAAACUGUAAGAUACCUCCCACACUGCUGUUGUUAUUGGUGCAUCCCUAUAGAAGGGCUUCUGGUUUGAUAAGAGUUUCACUUCAAUGUAUACAUAACAGUUUGCAUCAGAACUCACAGUUAUAUAGAUAUGUAUGUAAAUGUGUUAAUGUUUCAUAUUGAAUGUCUUCCUACUACUGUUCUAUGUUGUGUCUAUUUUGAAGCAUUUUAAAGGUGGGCUUGAGAGACGUGAAUGGUAAAAGUUUGUUAUGUGAUGAUCCUGUGGAGUUGGAGGAUAAAAUAUCAACAUAAACUUAAUGAAUUCCUAAAAGCACACUUACUAAUCUUAGCUUUGUUCAGGACUAUUUAAAAUGAGGUCGAUGAUGAAAUUGGAAGUACCACAAACUGUGAUAUUUUGUGUAUUUAUAUAAUAGAGAAUACAGAAUUUUCCCUGAAAUAUGUAAGAAAAUAUGAGCAGAGUAUAUGUAUGAAAUCAAAUCCUGAAAACUGCCUUACUAAACUAUCAGUUUAAUUACAGACGUGAAAGAGGUGGAGGAUAGCAGGUGCCUGUUUGUUAUGAAGUAAUGUGAUUGCAAAACAUGUGGACAAUGAAGAAGAAUAUAUCUGGGUAAGAGGGGUAACAUGAAAUGCACUUUGGUGUUUGAUAACUUUUGGCAUGAGCGACUUAUGAUUGUAGCUGAUAUCGAGCAGACUCAGUUAAAGCAGGUCUAAUUCACUUUAAGUGAGAACAAGGAAAGGGACAUUGUAUGUAUAUGAAAGCUUCUCCUGUGAAUAGCCACUAACCAAGAUGUUUUCCAUUCUUCUUUUCCCCCUUUCUCUCACUGUGGAAAGACUAAAACACCUCUGUCUAAUUUAUAACCAUUGUAUGGCACUGAAGUUUUUGUCUUGGUUUGUUCUCUACUAAGUGAGUUUAUUGUUUUCUGUAAAUCCUAUGCAGCCCUUUUUGUGUUGUAAUAUCUGCAGCCACCUGACUGUUUUAAGGUGUAUUAUGACUUGUCUAUUUUUUCUUAUUUUGCAGUGAAUAUUAAUCAUGUUUGCACGUACAGCUGAAACAUACCUUUAUUUUUAUGUUUUAUUUUUGAUGUAACCUAUAUUUUGUUAAAACAAUGGUUAAUAAAGGCAUUUGUGAUGAUAACCAAA